AUGGCCCGUCCUCAGAAGGUGUGUUUAUGUCCGUUUCUGCCAAUACAUCCGCUAAAGGUCUCCACCUGCUUGUAUAUAAUUCAGCAUCCAGCAGAGGAAAGUCGAGUGUUAAGGACAGUACCUUUGCUAGCAGCUUGUCUCCCUCCAGAGAAAUGUAAAAUUUUGGUUGGUCGACGUUUUAGUGAAGACAGGUAUCCUGAAUUAGCAACUGUGUGCAGAAAUCCCAAUACUCUAAUUUUAUAUCCUGGAGCUGCAGCAACCAAUUUGGAAGAAGUCGCUGUGAUGUCUUCCAGUCCAUCUGUUAUGAUCAUCAUUGAUGGAACAUGGAGUCAGGCUAAAGAUAUAUUUUACAAAAAUCCUCUCUUCCAGCUUCCUAAGCAGGUGCAGUUAAAAACCAACAUUUCAAGUCAGUAUGUAAUUCGUACGCAGCCAACAAACACCUGUCUGUCUACACUUGAAUGUGCAGCUGUUGCUCUUACUAUCAUGGAAAAAAAUAAGAGUAUACAAGAGACUAUACUCCGUCCACUUCAAGCCUUAUGUUCUUUCCAGCUUCAGCAUGGUGCCCAGAUCCAUCACAGCAAGGAGCAUCUUCUCAAAAAUGGCUUAUAUGACAAACCAAUGCCAAAGAAUAAGCGCAAACUCAGAAGAAUGGAGCUUUUGGUGAAUAAUGUUAAAAUAUAAAGAAAACUGUACUGACAGUACAGUGGGAUUUAUUUGCAGCUAGCAAAUGAAUAUGAAUCUGGAUUUGAUCCAAACAGUUGACUGUACUGUAAUAAAACAACUUUUAGGCCCUUCGUAGGCAAGAGUUUAUCUACCAAUGUGACAAACAGUAAUGGACAAGCUUUUUCAUUUUUGCAAUAGGCCAGGUGCCUUUGUUCAGAUGAUAGAAGAUCAUUCUCAUCUCCUAUAGAAAAGAAAAAGAAAACUCUCAGCAUAAUUUGGAGUUAUAUUAUUUCUUGGGUGACAAGUAUGAUCCUCAAUAUGACUGGAUAAAUUUACUUUGGAGAAGCUUUUAUCAGUACAAAAAGACAAGGAAUAUGAAUGUAAUGGAAUGGUAAGGCUUCAGCAUUUAGAAGUAUAUUGAAUUUCUGCUGAGCAUUUUAACUUCAGUAUCUAAUUACAGUAGGUUUUCAAACUGUAAUUCCUUAUAUUACUUAGUUCAGAUGAACAUAAGGCAUGCUAUUUGUAUAGUUCUUUUUAACUUUGAGAUUUUUAUUUCUUACAUUAUUAGAAUUCCUUUUCAUAAAUUUAUAUACAUUUUACAAUGCAGUUGGGUUUAGUUUCUUUCUCAGACUUAAUUUUUAAAUUAAGCCUGCAUAUGUUUUUACCAGAACCUGAUCACUUCUGACUUAAAAAAACCUGUGAAUGUAGAGAAACGCAUUCUGGAAUUAUAACUCAGGUGCUUCACUUUUACUUGAGCAAAAACUACUCAUCUGCAGAAGGGGAUGUUUUAUGGAUAUGGAUACGCCAUACCCAUACCCUGACGUACCAUGGUUAUGAUACUAAAGGAGUUAAACAAGCCCAGUGUAAACAGCUCUGUAAGAAGUACGAUGCAAUGACAAAUGAUUAUGUCUGGAUACAAUCUACUAAUGUGAUUGCAGAUCCAUUAGAUUUACACAUGUUCUUUAAUUAGUUCUUCUCUUCUAACAGUGAUAUAACUGUACCUCUUUCUAAUGGGAACCACUAGAAGUGGCGGAAUUGGGUAUUUUUACAAGCUUUGUGAUUUUUAUGAUCUGGAGGAAAAAAAGUGAAAUAAAGGUUUUGAUGUUCCUUUCU